CACAUCGCGCAUCUCGCAGGGCUGAGAGAUAACAAAAGCUCGCUCAACAUGACUCAACACAAAUUCGCCACGAGCCCAGCCCAUCCAUCUCGAAAGGACAGCAGACACCCACCCUAGAUGGAUGGACGCUGCGGCGACCCAAAACCGGUCUGCGGGGCCCGCGGAUCCCGAACGCUUCCCAUAUCAUGAGUAGCUGGAACCCGGUUAUUGGGAGCGAGCGUUUUGUCUCACAACCAAAAACGGCCGGUUAUGUUUGGGGGUCGUCGCUAUUGGUGAUUUGCUCCUUGGAUUACACUUUUCAUUUCCUCCUGCGGAAGCAAAGCAAAGCAUUCCGGGAAAUAGCGAAACAAUCCAGCCACCACUUCGCGGAAAUAUGCCAACCUGGCGGGGCCUGUGGCCUGGCCAUGAUGGGACCCAGACGCCUCCGAGGUUCCUGAACUUCAGGUCCUCCGACGGGUUCAUUAUGUUCGUUGUGUCUUUUGCUGUGUUCACGGAUAUUCUAUUGUAUGGGCUAAUUGUCCCUGUGGCGCCCACGGCGCUCCAUGAAAGAGUGGGCUUGUCUGUUGAUGAAGAGCAAAGAUGGACGUCCAUUCUGCUAGCUCUAUACGGAGCAGCUUUACUAGCCACCUCGCCGGUUGCGGGCUACAUAGCGGACCGCUUUGACUCCCGCUACUGGCCCCUGAUCACCGGCCUGGUAGCUCUGGGGGCAUCGACCGCGUUGCUCUGCGUGGGGACCAGCCUCGCGCUCUGGAUCAUCGGGCGACUGUUCCAGGGCGCCUCCGCGGCCAUUGUGUGGACGGUAGGACUGGCGCUGAUGGUCGACACCGUCGGGCGGGACGGCCUCGGGCAGGCGAUGGGCUACAUCGGCAUGGGCCUGACCCUGGGCAUUAUGGGGGGCCCGCUCCUCGGCGGCGUCAUCUACGGCCGCGGGGGCUACUACGCGGUCUUCGGGCUUGCAUUCGCUUUAGUCGGCGUGGACAUCGUCCUCCGGCUGGUGAUGAUUGAGAAGAAGCACGCCGUCAGAUGGCAGCAGCAGCAGCAGCAGCAGCAGCAGCAGCAGCAGCAGCAGCAGCAGCAGCAGCAGCCGUCGUUGUCGAAAGACAAAGACGCAACCCAAGCAGCCGCCGACCAACCAACCUCCUCCUCAUCAUCCGACACAAUCCCCGAAAAGACCUCCGAUCUCGAGCAGCAGCACACAAUCCCCCCAACCCCCAAACCCGCCAUCCAACCGCCGCCCAAAAAACCCACGCAAGCCAACGCAAUCACGACCCUCCUCUCCUCCCCGCGCAUGCUGGUUACGCUCUGGACAUACUUCAUCAUCUCACUAGUCUUCAGCUCCUUCGACAGCGUGCUCCCGCUCUUCGUGGAAGACACCUUCGGCUGGGGCCAGCUGGGUCAAGGGCUGAUCUUCAUCCCGAUCUCGGUGCCGCACCUCCUCGACCCGGUGGUCGGAUACAUCAACGACCGGUUCCCGGCGAUCCGGCGGUACCUGGCGGCGGGCGCGCUGGUGGCCACGGUGCCGCCCAUCGUGGCGAUGCGCUGCGUGACGACCAAUAGCAUCAGCGACAAGGUGCUCCUGUGCGCGCUGCUGGCGCUGGUGGGCGCCUGCCUCGCCGCGCUCAUGCCGCCCGUCAUCGUCGAGGCCUCGUACGUCGUCCAGGAGAAGGAGGCGCGCAACCCGCACAUCUUCGGCAAGGGCGGCGCCAUGGCCCUGGCGUAUGGGAUCCUCAACGUCGCCUUUGCCGCCGGCACCAUCGCCGGCCCCUUCUUCGCGGGCUUCAUCCGCGAGAGCGCCGGCUGGGCUACCAUGACCUGGGCGCUGGCGCUGGUGACUGGCGUCUCGGCGGUGCCCGUCGUCUUGCUCCUCGGCGGGUUUAUGUUGCAGAGGAAAGGCAGCAGCGAGAAGUUGGAUGCCGGUGGUGGUGGUGGUGGUGGUGACUUGGGCGAAUGAGAGCGGCUUUGAACACAUCUCCAAUAUAUAAGUACAUACAUUGCAGUAAGACAAGGCCGGGGGGGGGAUGGAUCUCACAACUUGUUUAUACUUCCCUUUCUCCUCUCCUUUCUACAUAUAUAGAUAUGUGUACAUAAUCAGAUGAGUUCACAAGAUGGGACUGAAUUUUAAAUACUCAACU